UUCCUACUGUCUUUUUGCCUUUUGUUAUUUGCACUCGCAUUGUGUUGUUUGUCUCUGAAGCCGCCUCAUGACCAGCAAAGGGAUUUCACCUCGUCCUUGAGAGCUACACGGGCAGAGCGAGCGAGCCGCGAGAGACUGGGGGAGAGGGACGCGCGCGCGCACCAACUCACACACACACACACACACACACACACACACACACACACACACACACACACACACACAGAGUGAAAAAGGCGAGCCACCAAAACCCAUCUCCAGUCUCCUCCCGGGGCCCCCAGGCCACCACUGUGCCACUUUGCAUCCCACGCCAGAGGAGACAUUAAGGAGACCCGGUAAGGCUUUUUAAUCAGCCCACAGUGUAAAGGCACACUUCGCGAGGAUCCUUAGAAGUCUUGGACAGGCUUUCCCGCAUGUGGCAGGUGCUGUACUGGCCACUGGUGACCCAAAGAUGACGAUAAAUAUGUUCCUGCCCACAAGGAGCUAGCGAUCCACUGGGCAUUCCUUUUGCUGAUGACACGAUUCCUGUUUGAAUCUGUGUACAAGAAUCUGGAAUCCGAACAGAGAAUUUUGACACUGCACUGGGCAGAAAAAAGGAUGUCUUCCAAGCGACCAGCCUCUCCGUAUGGGGAAGCAGAUGGAGAGGUAGCCAUGGUGACAAGCAGACAGAAAGUGGAAGAAGAGGAGAGUGACGGGCUCCCAGCCUUUCACCUUCCCUUGCAUGUGAGUUUUCCCAACAAGCCUCACUCUGAGGAAUUUCAGCCAGUUUCUCUGCUGACGCAAGAGACUUGUGGCCAUAGGACUCCCACUUCUCAGCACAAUACAAUGGAAGUUGAUGGCAAUAAAGUUAUGUCUUCAUUUGCCCCACACAACUCAUCUACCUCACCUCAGAAGGCAGAAGAAGGUGGGCGGCAGAGUGGCGAGUCCUUGUCCAGUACAGCCCUGGGAACUCCUGAACGGCGCAAAGGCAGCUUAGCUGAUGUUGUUGACACCUUGAAGCAGAGGAAAAUGGAAGAGCUCAUAAAAAAUGAGCCAGAAGAAACCCCCAGUAUUGAAAAGCUACUCUCAAAGGACUGGAAAGACAAGCUUCUUGCAAUGGGAUCAGGGAACUUUGGUGAAAUAAAAGGGACUCCUGAAAGCCUAGCUGAGAAGGAGCGGCAGCUCAUGGGUAUGAUCAAUCAGCUGACCAGUCUGCGAGAGCAGUUGUUGGCUGCCCACGAUGAGCAGAAGAAACUGGCUGCAUCGCAGAUUGAGAAACAGCGCCAGCAAAUGGAACUGGCCAAGCAGCAACAGGAACAGAUUGCGAGACAACAGCAGCAGCUUCUGCAGCAACAACACAAAAUCAAUUUGCUUCAGCAACAGAUCCAGCAGGUUCAAGGUCAACUGCCGCCAUUAAUGAUCCCCGUAUUCCCUCCUGAUCAACGGACACUGGCUGCAGCGGCCCAGCAAGGAUUCCUCCUUCCUCCAGGCUUCAGCUAUAAAGCUGGAUGUAGUGACCCUUACCCUGUUCAGCUGAUCCCAACUACCAUGGCAGCUGCUGCCGCAGCAACACCAGGCUUAGGCCCACUCCAACUGCAGCAGUUGUAUGCUGCCCAGCUAGCUGCCAUGCAGGUAUCUCCAGGAGGAAAGCUCCCUGGCAUACCCCAAGGCAACCUCGGUGCUGCUGUAUCUCCUACCAGCAUUCACACAGACAAGAGCACAAACAGCCCACCGCCCAAAAGCAAGGAUGAAGUGGCACAGCCACUGAACCUAUCAGCUAAACCCAAGACCUCUGAUGGCAAAUCACCCACAUCACCCACCUCUCCCCACAUGCCAGCUCUGAGAAUAAACAGUGGGGCAGGCCCCCUCAAAGCCUCUGUCCCAGCAGCAUUAGCGAGUCCUUCCGCCAGAGUUAGCACAAUAGGUUAUUUAAAUGACCAUGAUGCUGUCACCAAGGCAAUCCAAGAAGCUCGGCAGAUGAAGGAGCAACUUCGGCGGGAACAACAGGUGCUUGAUGGGAAGGUAGCUGUUGUGAACAGUCUAGGUCUUAAUAAUUGCCGGACAGAAAAGGAAAAAACAACACUGGAGAGUCUGACUCAGCAACUAGCAGUUAAACAGAAUGAAGAAGGAAAAUUUAGCCAUGCCAUGAUGGAUUUUAAUAUGAGUGGAGACUCUGAUGGAAGUGCCGGAGUCUCAGAAUCAAGAAUUUAUAGAGAAUCCAGGGGGCGUGGUAGCAAUGAGCCCCACAUAAAGCGCCCAAUGAAUGCCUUCAUGGUGUGGGCUAAAGAUGAACGAAGGAAAAUCCUUCAAGCCUUUCCUGACAUGCACAACUCCAACAUCAGCAAGAUACUGGGAUCUCGCUGGAAAGCUAUGACAAACCUAGAGAAACAGCCAUAUUACGAGGAGCAAGCCCGCCUCAGCAAGCAGCACCUGGAGAAGUACCCUGACUACAAAUACAAACCGAGGCCAAAGCGCACCUGCUUGGUGGACGGCAAAAAGCUACGCAUCGGCGAGUACAAGGCAAUCAUGCGGAACAGGCGGCAGGAAAUGCGGCAGUACUUCAAUGUCGGGCAACAAGCACAGAUCCCCAUCGCUACUGCUGGUGUUGUGUAUCCUGGCGCCAUCACCAUGGCAGGAAUGCCCUCCCCUCAUCUGCCCUCAGAGCACUCGAGCGUGUCUAGCAGCCCGGAGCCCGGCAUGCCUGUCAUCCAGAGCACUUAUGGGGUGAAAGGAGAGGAGCCACAUAUCAAAGAAGAGAUACAGGCCGAGGACAUCAACGGAGAAAUUUAUGAUGAGUACGAUGAGGAAGAGGAUGAUGCAGACGUAGAUUAUGGGAGUGACAGUGAAAACCAUAUCGCAGGACAAGCCAACUGAUAAGGGUCAAAAGAUGGUUGUGACCUUAGGACUUAAAGAAGCCCUAGCUGGUUCAUCCUUACCAGUGGCCAAGCACAUUAACUUUCUCAUACACUGACUGUUACUUUAACUGUUAGUCUUAAAUAGUUGGGACAUCAGCUGACUAAUAGACCUCAGCCUCAAAAGGCUUCGAAAG